AUGGAGAGGGAGAACAGCACAGUGGUGACAGAAUUCAUCCUCCUUGGUCUGACCCAGUCUCGACAUGCUCAGCUCCUGGUCUUUGUGCUAGUCUUAGUUUUCUACCUCAUCAUCCUCCCUGGAAAUUUCCUCAUCAUCCUCACCAUCAGAUCAGACCCUGGCCUCACAGCCCCCCUCUACUUCUUUCUGGGCAACUUGGCCUUCCUGGAUGCAUCCUAUUCCUUCAUUGUGGCUCCCAGGAUGCUGGCGGACUUCCUCUCUGAGAAGAAAAUAAUCUCUUACGGAGGCUGCAUCACUCAGCUCUUUUUCUUGCACUUCCUGGGGGCAGGGGAGAUGUUUCUUCUUGUUGUGAUGGCCUUUGACCGCUACAUCGCCAUCUGUCAUCCUUUGCACUAUUCUACUGUCAUGAACCCUAGAGUCUGCUAUGCCUUGCUGUUGGCUCUGUGGCUUGGGGGCUUUACUCAUUCCAUUGUACAAGCAGCCCUUAUUCUCCGCUUGCCCUUCUGUGGCCCAAACCAGCUAGAUAACUUCUUCUGUGAUGUGCCGCAGGUCAUCAAGCUGGCCUGCACAGACACUUUUGUGGUGGAGCUCCUGAUGGUCUCCAACAGUGGCCUGCUCACCCUACUGUGCUUCCUGGGACUUCUGGCCUCCUAUGCGGUCAUUCUCUGCCAUGUGAAGGGACAUUCCUCUGAAGGGAAGAAUAAGGCUCUUUCCACAUGUACCACACACAUUAUCAUUGUGUUUCUGAUGUUUGGACCUGCCAUCUUCAUUUAUACUCGCCCAUUCAGAGCCUUCCCAGCUGACAAAGUGGUUUCUCUCUUUCACACAGUCAUCUUUCCUUUGAUGAACCCUGUGAUUUAUACCCUUCGCAACCAGGAAGUGAAAGCUUCCAUGAAGAAGUUACUGAGUCGUCGCACGGUUUGCUGA